CGCAAUACAGAUUGGUGAGUGACGGGGUAGUGGCACGUGUGCGGAAUUUCACGUAGGAUAGUUGUGUAUUUCUGUGUUGGGGGAGGUAUUACCUAGAGGUGAUGACCGGCGACGACGGAACUUUUACGAUAUUUUACAUCACGGGAAGGGGAAGGGGGAGGUGGCCGAACUGCGGGAGGUACUGGAUGGAGAAUUCUUCCCCUACCUCGACGCAUGAACAACCCCCAAUGGCUCCAUUCCAGCAGCCGCCUCCGAACUUCCCUUCUGGUUCGUACCAGCAGCCGAUGCCUGCUCCUAUUGCGCCAUUCGGAUUCGCGGCGGUACAGCAGCAACUCCCGCCUGGGGUACCAUACCAGUGCAGCACUAAUGGGCAACCUGGGCAGUGGCUUUACCUAGGGCAGCCCUUGACGUCCGUACCCAACAAUGGUCAAUAUCAAGGCUAUGGGCACGGGAAUGGUGGGAACUACCCACCACGUGCAUUCUUCACAAGGGAGCAUGCAAAGUUUAUUGAUAAAUUGAAGAUGAAGGAGGCCAUUGACGAGGCGAGGAGGAAGGAUCUUGAGGAAAUUACGAGACUGAAGGGUAUUGGUAGUGAGGAGGGGACUUCAAAGGAGAGCAGGAGUAAGGGGAGGAAGCACAAUGCGAAGGAGAAAGGGAAGGGGAAAGUUGUUGAAGAUGGGAAAGUAGAUGAAUUGAAGAAAUGGGUUGCAGAAAAUUUUGGGGAGCCACUGAAAAUUUUGGCUGAGAAAUUGGAAGUUGUUGAGAAGAAGUCGAAGUUGUCAGAUUGUGAGUUGGAGGAACUGAAACUAUUAAGGGCGGAGAAGGAACUGAGGGAAUUAAGGGAGAAUUCUAGCAAUGAAAAAAGAAAGAGAGACUUUACUCCAUUUCGCCCAAGAAUUGGGAAAGGUGAAAGCAUGAAGGAAGUGUCAGUGUUGAAAGAGCUGAUCCAGGAACUAUUGGCAGCAAAAAGUAAGGAGGCCAGCAGUUGUAACUCCGGGGAAGAUGGGAAGAAGAUAGAAAAGAAGCAGGGAAAAGUUGAGCACGGAGGGAAUGCUACUGAGAGAGGCGGAGAGCAGGAGGAGCUAGGGCCUGAUACUGCAAGAGAAAAUGGGAAGGAUGAUAUAGCACCUGGAUUAUACUUCAGGGACCUAGUAGUCUACUACGAUGCAAUGCACUACACAAAGAUUCAAGUCUUAUGCAAGCAGAAAGGGAUCGCUUACAGAAAGAAAGAAGCCGACGUGUGGGAGCUUGCCAGGCUUGACUUUGAGGUGCUGCAGAAGUUGGAGAAGCCUGGAGAGGAUGAAAAAGCGGACAGUAGUGGUACGAGUGAUGAGGAGGAGAAGAACAGGAUAGUAGCUCCGAAUCUGAGAAAGAAACAGACAAUGAUGAUAUUGCAGGAAACUGAAAUAAGCUAAGCAAGAGAUCCCUGCGUAGAGCCUGCAAAAGAAUCUCCGCUUUCGUUUGUAAAUGAGCUAACAACUUCGAUAAAGAACUCAACACAAU